AUAUCGAAUUGUACGGAACACUUGAUAGAAAUGAUUUUAGCCAAUCUGUCAAAUAUAUUGUGCUUACUAUAAAACGUUCCCAAACGUAUGGUGAGACAAUGAAUUCUUUUCUUGGAAAAAGUAAGCCAAGUGCAGAAAAUUUCACUUGUCAGAAAUGCUUGGAGAAAGGACACUGGACAUUUGAGUGCACGGGAAAGCGGAAAUAUGUUUACAGAGAGUCUCGUACAAGAGAGAUGACAAAGAGAUUAAAGAAAGAAGAAGAGAAGGAAAAACUGGAAGUUCUGGCCAAAUCUAGAGCUGUGCUGGAAAGUAUCAGAAAUGAAAAGAAAGAGAAGAAAGAGAAGAAGAAAGAGAAGAAGAAAAGACGAAAAAAGAGACGCAAAAGUGAUGGUGAAUCUUCAUCAAGCAGUUCUAGCAGCUCAAGCAGUGACUCUGAUAGUGAUACCUCGUCAUCAUCAUCAUCAUCGUCUUCUUCAUCAUCUUCAUCAAAGUCAUCAUCAUCCAGCUCAUCAUCAUCAUCAUCUAGUGAUUCCAGUGAUUCUUCAUCAUCAUCAUCAGAUUCAGAAGAUGAGAAAAGAAAAUCGCGAUCUAAAAAGAAAUCUAAAAAGAGGAAGAAAAAAUCUUCAUAAAAGACGGAAGUUUUCAGGUUUUAAGAAAUUCCACAACAGAACAAAGAAAUUUAUGUACCACAGUGAUUAAGUGCAA